AUAACGUUAAGAAAACAUUUGAAGCAACUAUCGAACAUCUGCUUAAGUUAGAACCUCCCAUAAAAAACCAAAAAAAUAAAAGACAGGCCUUGAUAUCUUCAUUACAAGCUUUGAUGAAAAAUGACAAAUCUGUACGUGAAGAAUACGAAUCUCUAAAUGCGUGGGUUAACGUUUAUAGUUCUGAGAAAGAGGAGGAGAAAGCUUUAAAGAUUUACAAUAUCUCCUAUGGAACAGGUUCUGCACAAACGCAAAAGUCAAUCAAAAUCAUGAGUGAACAUGAAGUUUCUACAGACAUUAAAGAAGCUCAGGAAAUAAAUCCACUAAAUAGGCAGAAAGUAAAAGAAGAGAAGGAGGAUGACUUAUCAUCACGAAUUCCGCAUAAGUUUUCAUUCUCGGCAUUCAAACAAGGUGACGAGGAUGCAUUUGAGUCUUUGUUGGUGAUAAAACGGAAUCUGAGUUCUGAACUUACGGAACAAUAUGUUUUACCAAUGAAGAGACGACAUGAAAACAAUGAGGAUGAAAUCCAAGAGAGAAAGAGGCACAUGACCAAUAAAGAACUCGGAGAGUUAAUUGAUUUCACUCUAAACAUAGUAAAUAAACUUGAGCCGGAAAAUAAAGAACAUUUAAAUCAAAUUGUGCGACUUGCGUCUAAAUCUUCUGUCACAGUUUAUACAAGAGUUAAGGAAAACCCAGGUGAAUUUCAGGUUGAGGAUGGGGUUCUAUUUUGUAAUUUCUGUGACCAUUCGAUAGAUUGGAAACAAAAAUCAACUGUCGAUGAUCAUCUCAAAAGUAAAGCACAUAUUUCUAAAAAAGCCUUUUAUGAGAAUAAACAAAAAAAUC